CGAAACGCACGCUCGUGCCUACACGCGUGUUCUUUUCAAAGUCUCUUGAUGUGAUUUUUUAUAUAAUUAAUUUUUUUAAUUUGUUUUUAUCAUGAAAAGUCAAAGUGAAAAUUUUAUUCUCUAAUUGGGAUUACAUUUGUGGUGUUAAAGUUUUUUUUUGUUCUGUUGGAUGAAUGUCAACAAACAAGUGAAGAUCACUUUGAUGAAAAAAUGUAUUAAAAAAAGAUCAAAGUAUAGAGGAAAAAAAAACAUUUUUAUUCAUAUAAAUAAACGUCAAAAAUAGUGUAUUCGUCAGUGGUGAUUAUAAAAUUGUUAUUGGUGGAAUCAAUUAAGGUGUCACUUUUAUUACGUGAAUAUGUGAUAUGUCAUAUGUAUGUGUGUGUGUAGAGCUGCAAAGUGACAUAUUAUUCAUCGGAGUAAAUUUGGAAGUCCAACCAGGAAGGAAGUGUUUAUUAAAAUCACGAGGCUUCUAAUCCGGGUGUAACGCUCGACGUUUACGUGUCCGGAACGAAAACUAUGCGGGACGAUGAGGUGGCUAAGAAUCGGUGGUCUACCGAGUGGAAGACGAGAAUUGGAAGGAUGCCAACAAAAGGCCCAAAUGUCCAUCAUUUUUCUUUUCAUUUUCUUUGCAAAGACUUCGAUAUCUGCUCCAGUAGAAGAUCCAAACGAUCUUCAAGAGGAUAUGCCAGUUUUCGAGCAAACAGUCACCAAUGUCACAGCAUUUGUUGGACAGACAGUUUACCUACCUUGCAAAGUGAGGAACCUGGGUGACAAAGUGGUUUCAUGGAUGCGUAGCAGAGACUUACAUAUUUUAACAUCUAGUGAUAUCACCUUUAGUUCCGAUUCCAGAUUUAGUCCUGAACAUAUGCCCGGAAGUGAUGCCUGGACAUUAAAAUUAGAAGGCACACGAAAAUCAGACUCGGGUACUUAUGAGUGUCAAGUUAAUACGGAGCCAAAAAUCAUGUACACCAUUUUACUGCUUGUUCGAGAUUCUGACAAUUUCGAAGCAUUUGAUUCUCCACAUUCUCAGCAAACCCAAACAAGCUAUGAAAGUACGGCUCCAGUUGCAGCCAUAAUGGGUCCACGAGAGCAACGGGUUCCAUCAGGUUCAACGGUCACCCUGAAAUGUAUAAUAACAUCACCGUAUCAGCCUCGACCCAUUAGAGGUGCACAAUGGCUUCGGGACAAUAUACUCCUGACAUUCCAGGGACGAAGUGGUAUAGUUAUUGAAACGGAGAAGGUUGCUGGUCGUACCGUCUCCGAAGUAACAUUGUCUUCUGUAGUGGUUGGAGACUCUGGUAAAUAUACUUGUCGACCGACAGAAGGAAGAGCUGAUAGUGUGUAUUUAACAGUUGAGCCAGGUGAACGUACUGAAGCCAUGCAACGAGAUGCCAGUUAUGUUGCAUCAUCAGCGAUAAAAACAAUCAAUCAACUCAACACUUUUAUCGUAUUUCUUGGCUUUAUGCUCAGACAUUUUUACUAUUGACAUCAAUAGCUCUCUAUGCAGUAUUUUUUUAUAUGCACAAUAAAAAAAAAUCCAACUGUUUCUGUGUUGAAAAGAGUCCAAAAUGAAUUUUUACAGUAUUUUUUUGUAUUUACAAUUUAGGUGGAAAAUUUAGAUUGCGUUGAAGUAAUUUUAUUUUUUUAAUAGUUUGGAAUAGGUGAGAACAUUGAUUGGAAUGUAUAGACAUUUAUUAAAUAGCACAAAAGUAUGUAAUUUAAAAACUAAUUAGUCCGAGUGCUGAUGCAAUUUUGAAACAGGGCAUUUUUCAUGUACCACGUGGGUUUAUCGGUAUUACACUGACCCAAUCGGUAAUCGGGAAUGCGCACAAUCCAAAGUAAUGAUUUCUGCGCAUAUAAGUCGAUCGAUAAGUACACUGUAAUACCGAUAAACUCACAUGGUAAUCAAUUGUAGGUUAGCAUGAUAAAUAAUGAUAGUUGAAAUCAUUAAUGUUAAUAUAAAAGUUAAUUCCUUGAUUUAUGUUUUUUCUUGGUGUUUCACUUUACCCCACCUUCCUCUAAUUACACUUCUUAUUGCCCGUCUUCUCCGUUGCACCAGGACUGGAUUAAAAAUCAUCUUUAAGAAAGAUAAAUAUUACUCAGAAGUAACAUUAUUUAUUUAAUAGAAUAUUGAUAUUUUUUAAAUUCGAUCAAUUUUUUAUCACUCUUAGAAUAAGAGAAACUUAAAGUUAGAGAUUUGCACAUUUUAGAUAAAAAUAUCAAUAUUGAGACAUUAAUUAUUUAAAAAUAUUUAAUUGUAUAUCUUGUAAGCUUUAUUUAUACUCUGGGGGCCAAAUUAUUGACCUGUUCCACUUGAUUAAAUAGAAUAAUGUAUUUAAAAAUAUCUGAGUGGAUGUAAACGAAUUUUU